UUAAUUCUGUCCUUCUGUUCAUAAAUAAUACAGAAACUUAAAACAUUUUUAUUCACGUCUUUAGGUUUAUUUUCUAUUUUAUUUUUUAAUUUUCCUGUACGCCCUUUAUUUUCUGCUUUUAUUGCAUCCCUAUUUUUGACUGAAUUUGUAUUUUCUGUGCAUGCACUUAAGGGUAGAUCGUUAAGUCAGGUUAGUUGUAACACUGCUCAAAUUGACAAACAGAAAAGAGCUGUGAUGAUGUCAUCAAUAUCGUACACUCCCAUUUCCUUGUUGAUCUCACAGAUUUGGUGUAAUUUUCUAAGCAACGUGGAUCUGAUGAAGAACAUCUCUUCAGAUCUAUCUCCAUUUGGUGUUAAUCGGGGAGAGUUCCUUCUUAUCAAACACCUGCGUCCCUACUUGAAUAUCAGGCCAAUACAAAUGAUGGAUAUCUUUCAAAAAGUUGUUCUUCUAAUACUGGGUCAACUUCCUUUAUUGAUAGCAAGAAUUCCCCCGUUUUUUCCAUGUGACAAUAAUGAAAUUGCUACGGAGGUGUACUGUGCACGCAGGCCACUCAAUGACAUCCCUUUUUUUACAUCAAUAAAUGUAACGUUUCUCGACCUAAGUCACACCAAGAUACGGAAAAUGGGACAACACAAAUUCUCUGGUAUACAAAACCUUAUCACUCUGAAAAUGACGAGGAAUUGUGAUCCAAAAAACCUGAGUACUAAUAAAGCCUACUGUCGAGUCAGAAUAGAAAAGGAUGCCUUCAGGAGUCUGCACAACCUCACUUAUCUAUAUCUGGCAGGAAACAGCCUUACCAUGUUACCCUGGUUACCGGAAAGCAUUAAGGUCUUGGAUCUCGAGAGUAACUGCCUUUUCAACAUCAUCAUCCCUUUUGGAACUCCACAUCUAGAGCAGCUCCUCCUCACAAAGAACUGUUAUUAUGAAAACCCUUGUUUCCAGUCAUUUUACAUCCAUGAGGAUGUUUACAAGGAGCUAUCACAUCUGAAAAAUCUAACACUGGGAUACAACAAUUUGACAUCAAUACCACGAGGAUUGCCAGCUUCACUUAUGACACUGGACUUGAAAGAGAAUACAAUAACUGAGAUUCCAGAAGGGGCAUUUGCCAUGCUUCCCAACUUGGAGGAUUUAAAUCUGGGAUGGAAUUGUCAGCGUUGUGACCAUGCAGCCCACCUUUGUUUUCCCUGCCCUAACAACGCCUCCCUUCUGCUACACCCAAAUUCUUUUUAUGCGAUCAACAGCUCCGUUGUGUAUCUGACCUUGAGAGGAAACUCUUUGAACAAUUUUCCAGAGGGUCUUUUUCUCCCUUUGACAAAUUUGAAGUGGUUGGAUCUCUCCGACAACUACCUGGCCCACACCAUCCGUAAUGGUACCUUCUUUACAGAGCUUAAGCAGUUAACAUGGAUCAGCCUCAUCUAUAACUUUCAACCUCUAGCGAAAUUUCAUGAUCUGAUCCUUUCACCACACCUGGGCAAUGUCUCAAAUCUAGAAACUCUCCUUCUCAGCGGAUACUUUUUCGGCACAAUGUCAGAACAAAGCAUUGUGGUUCUGUCCCGACUUAAACAACUUAAGAUACUGGAGAUGCGCAUGAAUUUCAUCAGCUAUUUCAAUAUGAGGACUCUGGGAAUGUUGCCUUCCCUCAGCAGAUUAGACCUCUCCCAGAAUAUAUUGAGUUAUCUCCCUUACAAUGUGUCACAUGGAUACUCUUUGGAAAAAGGCUCUCAAGAUUCAAUUGUUUUCAAAGAUUAUUCAGAUUUACCCAUGCUACCAGUAUCGGUGCACAUGUAUCAAACUGAGACUGAAAGUGACAUGUGUAGAUCUAACGUUACAAUAUUUGAAAUGUGGCAUUUCAACCAGAAAUUCUGCCGAAAUAAGUUCACAAUUGAUCUUUCUCAAAAUAAUGUUAUUUUCCUUCAUGAAGAUGUUUUUGAUGGUAUGGAAAAUGUUGUGUGUUUAAACCUGUCUUACAAUUAUGCAAGCCAGGCUUUAAGGGGUAGACUUUUCAGUCGCUUGAAAAGCUUAGUUUACUUAGAUAUGUCAUACAAUAGAAUUGACCUAUAUUAUAGAGAUGCAUUCAGUGAGUUGAACAAGACUCUGAAGGUACUGGACCUCAGUCACAAUGAGUAUCAUUUUCGUAUGAUGGGCAUGGGUCAUCGUAUUGAGUUUAUUCAGAGUCUCUCUAAUAUGGAAGUCUUAAAUCUUGCAAAUAAUGACAUUAGUGGGCGAAUAGAUCCGAGACUGAGUAGCAGCUCUGUGCAGUAUAUGUACUUCUCUGGGAAUCGCCUAGAUAUUAUGUGGGAGGAGGAGGGCCAGACCUACAUUAAUUUCUUCCAGGAUCUCAGGAAAUUAAUCUACUUGGACAUCUCUCAGAACCGGCUACAUUCGGUCGAACAACCGAUCCUCUGUAAUCUACCAGUGAGCCUACAGGCCCUCACCAUAAGCAAUAAUUACCUUCAUUAUUUUCCAUGGCUGAGCCUUACAUGUCUUGGCAAUCUUAGUCAUCUCUCUCUCAGUGGAAAUCAUCUUUCAUAUUUGCCUGAAAGUGUUACAGAGUUCCCACCAGAUUUUUCCCUCUUGGACCUCAGUGACAACUGGAUAAGCCAUCUUCCUGGUCAGUUCUUUAGCCGAGCCGAAUCUUUGCAGUGUCUCUAUCUCAAUACCAACCGUCUCGUAGUUUUGAACCUUCAGUCACUUCCACCCCUGCUGAAAAAUGGCACUUCUCAUCAGUUGCUUACUCUUCACCGUAACCACUUCAGCUGUGACUGUUACAAUUCCGGAUUGGAGGAAUUUCUACGGACCAGCACCACACGUAUUCCUUACUUGACUACUGAUGUCCGAUGUGAAUUCCCAGAGUCCCUGCAGGGAAAGAGUGUGCUGACAGUGGACCAAAGUAACUGUCAGAUCUAUGGUGGCUUGGUCUUCCUCUUAAGUACAAUCUUCACAUGUGCAUUUAUUGCUCUGCCACUGUUAAGACAUCUGUAUGGCUGGGAUGUGUGGUACUGCCUACAGAUCCUAUGGGCAGGAUGUAAGGGCUACCUGCAUCCUUCUGCCAGUUGCUCACCAAAACAAUAUGAUGCUUUUGUGGUUUUUGACACAAACAACCAGGCCGUGAGAGACUGGGUUUACAAUGAGUUGGUUAUCCGUUUGGAGAGCUCAGGCUACAGAAGAUUCUCUCUCUGUUUAGAGGAGAGGGACUGGAUUCCUGGGCUAUCCUGCAUUGAAAACCUCCACCAUGCUGUCCAUAGCAGCGAGAAGACAGUGUUUGUGCUGUCCAACGGCACAAGAAAUGACGCUAAUGAGGCAACGGUCAACGGUGUGAUACGGCAGACCUUUUUCAUGGUUCAGCAGAGGCUUCUUGAUGAGAAGGUGGAUGUAGCCGUUCUCAUACUGCUGGACAAGAUGUUUCCCAAGCUGAAGUACCUCCAACUAAGGACGAGGUUAUGCAGGAAGUCAGUGAUGUCCUGGCCUAGAAACCCACAGGCCCAACCCCUAUUCUGGAACCAAAUGAGGACAGCACUGUCAUCAGACAAUCUUAAAUUAUAUGACAACAACAUUAGUGAAAGUUUUAUAUCAUUUCCAUAAUCCUUUUUCUAAUAUGCAUAAUGUAAACUAUAAACAACGUACUGUGUCGUUUAAAGGGCUCAUGUCAUGCCAACAGGUGUGGGUGUGAUUAGCUGUACAAGCCAUUUGAAAAUCAUUCCUUCCCUGUGCCAUAGUAACAUCAGAAGUGGGCGUGUCCACCUAGAUCUAUGCUGGAUAUAUCAGUCUACCGGCCUACCCAGUGGACUGUAGCAAACUCAUCGAUGCUUCAUAUAUCUAGGUGGACACGCCAACUUGUGAUGUCACUGGCACAGGGAAGGAAUGAUUUUCAAACGGCUUGUACCAGUUUAUCACACCCACACCUGCAGGCAUUACAUGGCCCUUUAACAAACUAACAACUACUCUGAAAAUGUGCAUGUAUAGGUUGAUUCCCUUUUAAAUGUUGACCUCCUGUGUUCAAUAUAUUGUGUUGUUAAAUCUGUGAGAUAUUUAGUUUGAGUUUGUGUCCCUGCUCACGUUGAAAGGUGUAUCACAACAAUGUAAUGUGUACCUUUUUAAUGUAGUACACAGAAAUCCUUUUGGACAAUCUACUGGCUAUGCUACCAGUAAGAUGCUUAAUUGAAACUUAUUUAUUGAAACUCAAUGUGACUAACAUUAAAUGGUGGAACAUUUCACGUACAUUAGUGUGCUGAUAUACAGAGAAGCGAUUAUAGCUUACUGCUGUAGUCCAUUGGGAGUAAUACAUGAAUCAAGCAUAUGGCUACAUGUUGUAAAUUAACUUUUAUCUUAACAAAUAGUCGUGUACAUGUGGCAACAACCAAUCCCCCCGGCCCAGGCCAUCGUCAUUACACCUUUAACUGACGAAAAAUAUACUUUACAAGUGAAUUAGGCAUACUUAUUGGAUUCUAAGCAUUUUGAGAAAUUCAGAGAUUUUUCUUAACGUGACUUGCAGCAUACAUAGACUACAUAAUUUUCACAGUAGCCUCUCUUUAGGCGAUAUGAGAUAUGGCUUUCACUAUUCCCAUCUUGUUCCAUCGAUUAAUUCAUUGCUUCAUAUGAUGGAUAGAGGAUUGGCGGAUCGGGUAUGAUUGACAAGUACAUUUGACUGUCCUCUCAGUUGCAUCCCAUUCAGCGAACGCGUACUGCACCAUAUCCUCUUAGAUUAGAGGGAUUAGGAAUAGGAUUUGCAUCCAAUCUUCAGCCUGGACCACUAAAUUUGACUAUAUUGGUUAGUUACUUUACUUACUUAGCGGCAUUUGGCAGACGCCCAACAUAUAAAAACAUAUGUCCAAGGCGACAUACAACAUAUAAAAAAACACAUGACAGUAAGUGCCAACAUAGCACAAACUGAUAGACGGGGAAGUGAACAUUUGUUUUUAGAAGGACUGAGUACUGAUUUAUCCAAUUUAUAAUUAUAAAAACAAUAACAAUAACUACAAUAACUUUAGUAAUUUACUUUAAUUAAGUUCAAUUAUAAAUUAUCUUUCUAAUUAUUACUGUUGCCAGUGGGAGGAAACUGCAGAGCAGAUGUCCUGUCCAUUGGUCUGAAGGGAUUGCCAUCCCAGAGCUAUCUUAAAUAGGCCUAUACCCUCCGAGUCCCAGUCAUAUGGCAACGACUGGCAACGAUCACAAGAUCAAGGCCACAUCCUUACAUUUCGUUGAUUCAGUAACAGAGAACCACGUCAAUGCAUAUAUAUAUAUAUAUAGAGAGAGAGAAGUUGAUUGAACAUGCUUGAAAUGGUCAGAACACAAGUUCAAAUAGCCGAUGCUAAAUGUAAUUAUCACCAUGUCCUUGGUUCGCAUUUACUGCAAUGUGAUGUUCUCCAGAAAUAAAUGCUUUUCAGAAUGCUGAGAUGUUUUGCAUCCCUACGCCCUAAUAUUUGUAUAAACAAAUGUAUCCUUUAUCAGUUUUGUAUUUGCACAUUAUGAAUUACUCUAAAACUUUGAUUGUAGGAUAGUGCAUCAUAAUUUGUAGGGGUGGGAAAAAUAAUAGAUUCUUCGAUGUAUCGCAAAUCUCUCUAGAACGAUUCCGUCCUGAUGCAGAUAAAUUAAUAAACAAAGAAAAUAUAUAUAUAUAUAUUUUUUGCCUGCUGCAACAUUCUGUUCGACAGAGAGGGAUAAUUUUAGUAAUUUUAAAAUUAUGUAAUUUAUCUUCACUGUGUUUUGGCCGAUCAGAUUUUUCUUGACACGAUUGCGAUUCAGCCUACACAUAGCAUGCACGCAAAUUCACAGCCAGACACAAGAACUCCUUCCAAUUCAAGAGCAGCUUUUUCUUUAAUGACAUGGAAAAGAAAGAUUAGAAAGAAAAUAAAACUGAAACCUAUUUUUUACAUCCUUCCAUAUUGU